GGAGGGACGACAACUGGGUUUUCAGUGGAAACACUUAAGUGGAAACACUUCUCUACGAGGACAAAUAGAAUAGAGGAUCACGAAAUCUGUGAGAGCAGCACUUACACCGACGUGUUAGAUAACGUUAGUUCAGUUACUGUGGAGCAGUUAAAGCUCUGGUUAGACUGGGUUUGUUAUGUUAGUUCAGUUACUGUGGAGCAGUAAAAGCUCUGGUUAGUCUGGGUUUGUUAUGUUAGUCCAGAUACUGUGGAGCAGUAAAAGCUCUGGUUAGACUGGGUUUGUUAUGUUAGUUCAGAUACUGUGGAGCAGUAAAAGCUCUGGUUAGACUGGGUUUGUUAUGUUAGUUCAGAUACUGUGGAGCAGUAAAAGCUCUGGUUAGACUGGGUUUGCUCGCCUGGUGGAGAAGCAGAGUCCUGAGAUCAGCUCCUGAUAACCAGCCUCCUAACGCUGCUUGUUUCUGGAAGACACUGUGGUGUUUCUGUUAGACGGGACACAUACAAGCGGGCCAUGGUUUCGUGGAUUAUAUCCAGGACAGUCGUGCUUGUUUUUGGGACUCUUUAUCCAGCUUAUUACUCCUACAAAGCAGUCAGGACCAAGAACGUGAAGGAAUAUUGUUUGCAGGUGCGAUGGAUGAUGUACUGGAUAGUGUUUGCUUUGUACACAGUAGUGGAGACCAUCACAGACCUCUCCAUGGCAUGGUUCCCGCUGUACCACGAGCUCAAAGUGGCUUUCGUCGUCUGGCUGCUGUCGCCCUACACCAGAGGAGCCAGUCUGAUCUACAGGAAGUUUCUGCACCCCCUGCUGGCCUCUAAAGAAAGGGAGAUAGAUGAUUACAUUGUUCAGGCCAAAGAGAGGAGUUACGAGACCAUGGUGAGCUUUGGUCGCCAGGGCCUGACCAUCGCUGCCUCUGCCGCGGUCUCCGCUGCUGUCAAGGGACAGGGCGCCAUUAGCGAGCGCCUACGGAGCUUCAGCAUUGCGGACCUCACGCAGGUCCCGUCUGACCAAGCAGCAUUACGCAGUCCUGUCCAUGGGGCCAUGCAGACCUCCAGCCUCGGACCCGGGGGCCCCGGAUACUACGCAUACAGACAGGAAGAGGAGGGGCACAGAGAGGAAGUAGACAGAACACUGUCUGAGGAGGAGUCACCGGUGCCAAAGGGCCUGCGUAGAUCUCAGAGUGUGAAGGUCACUCGCUCCAAAGCUGUGCGCAAAGAGCCUCGUUACGGUUCACUGAAGAUUAAAACCAGAAGGAGGCCGGCGAUCACAUCCAGCACAUUUGAACAGCCCUGAUCAUCCAAAAGCAGCAACCAGAGGAGCCCCUGGAUGUCCUGGCUACCCUGUUACACUCUACAGAAACCCUUGUAGAAACAGUCCUGGUCACCAUGUAACCCACUCUAUGAAACCCUGUGUGUGAGACUCUCCCUUCAUCCCAUAACACUGUUUGAACAGGCCUGGUCAUACUGUAACACGCACACACACACACACACACACACACACACACACACACACACACACACACUACAGGGGUGUGUUAGAACAGCCUCAUUCAUACUGUUACAUACCAGAGAAGUGUGUUUGAGCAGCCUUUGGUGAUACUGUAACACACUGGAGGAGUGUGUGCAUGAACAGCCUCUGUCAUACCAUAACAGACACCAGUGCACUGAAGCUGUGAAGACGUCCUCUCCAGUAGCAAGCGGCGGUUUGUAUGUCUGUCUUCUUUGGUUUGUUUGUUUAUGAAAGUGGGAAUGUUAAUUUCUUUAUGCAUCCUAUGAAAAAUAGCACUAUUCCAAAAAACGAAACAAACUGAUGCCAUCCUUGAGCUCUUUGGCUCAGCAUGGAUGACAAUCUGGCCGAAAUUCAUGUAGCUUGUUUGCACUCUAUUGCAAGAAAGUACACAGAUGAAUGGCCAGAGACCAACGAAGGUGUAUACUGGGCCGUGUAGCUUACAGAACCUAGUAACUGAUAUGACCUACAAUGACAUAAUAAGUGUGACUGUCUCUCUGAUCUCCCUCAGAGGCUGACUGUUCUCUCCCAUCUCCAGUCAGAAGUUGCCAAUGGAGCUCACGCCUCCCCCAGUCAAGGGCCCCGUGUCCGAGCAGUGAGACUAGUCAGCCUGCCUGGGGUUUAUUGCUAGUUUCAUAUAGUUGAUGGUUGAAAGCUUUCCUUUGCUGCAAUGCCCAAAACUGGCCCACCACUGGUGGCCCCUGGGGUUCGGCACCGUCCAGCCGCUGUACACCUGGAAGUUAGCCCGGCCCUCUUCCGAGAACAGCGUCCUCCACUGAAGUCAUGGCUUCAGAGUGUGAGUCUCCCAAAAGGAAAGCUGAUAACAAGGGCGUUUUAUGUUACUUCUGCAUUGUCAGCUAGCUUCAGCAUAUCUGCAAGACUGAUCGUUGUACUUUCACACUAACUGUGUUUGUGUGUGUGUGUGUGUGUGUGAGUGAUAGUGAAAGAGAGGUGUAAUAUUCUGCCUCUUGUUUACAGUUUGAGAGUCUGACUUAUGAGGGGUUUUUGCUUUUCUUCUUUAGUUUCAUUUUUGGAUGUCUGAAUGCAAACACUCCCUCUAUGUGCUCCAACUUAUAUACAUGUACAAACAUGCAUUGAAUGUAUUGACUAUUUAAAUACACUAAGGCUAAUGCUUUUGCUGUGUUGACUGGAUUCGUAUUUCAUUGAAUUAUGUUGUGCGCGCAAGUUUGUUGUGUGUGUUAUUCAUUUGCCUUCGGGAGUUGUUUCUAGAUGUGGAUUAGGUUUAGUCUUUGAUUAGAUAGCACUGUAUAUGGAGACUGAUCACUGAAACCUGUUUCAGUACUGGAUUGUCUAGGUGUGUGUGUGUGUGUGUGUGUGUGUGUGUGCGCGUGUGCGUGCGUGCGUGCGUGUGUGUGUGUGCGUGCAUAUGUGUGUUUACGCAGAAGAAUAUGAGAAGUUGUUCACUAAAUUUAUGAAGAUUCUCUGAGUGAAGUCUAGGGUUUGAUUCAUUUUAUAAGUGCAGUGAAUUAUCAGGGUUUCAAACAUAAUUACAGAUCAGCACUCUUAUUGUAAGACAUUUUAUAUACGUGCAACUGCUCUUGUAAGAAACUUUAUACCUGUCACUUUGGUAAGCUGUGAACUACUCAAAAAGCAGAAACACUAAUGUGUUUAGAGAGAAUUCAGUAGUAAGACAUUGUAAAGUCUGGAUCUACACUAUACAUGCUUGAGUGUCCCUGCAUAAAUAAAGUUUUAAUUAUUUGAUUCUACAGCA